GAUCGAAGUCAGAGUACCUGAAAGUUGUUUGGUAUUCGACGUCUGAGGGUAUUUGUUCUUGUCUCCUGUGAUUCCGGCACCGCAAUACAGAAGGAAAUCUUAGCUAUUGUUGAAUGUGUAUCGUUAAUUACCUUUGGUCUACCUAUGCCAGUAAACUAGAGGGGUUAUCCUAGCUUCACCGGACAUGUAGACGAGCGAGCUCACAGGGCUCAGCCUGGCGACUAGUUAACACUAGCAAAGACGGUGCUUCGUUGAAUCUACCACCGGAUCGGAAUCUCGACCUGCUGAGAGGAUCCGGCGUGAAGCUCAGCGGGCUGUGUCUGUGGGUUAAUUUUCAUGACGAACCCUACCUUCUUGGAAUGCCUAUGGGAUCGGGAGGUUCCUAAGUAUUUUGAGCAACGGAGACUGCUUACCUCUUUGGUUAUUUAUUAGAAUUAUACCUUAUGAAUGUGACCUACCUUCUUGUCAACUACAUCAGUGACUUAUUACUAUUCGUAUUACGGACUCGAUGUGAUUUUCACUGAGCUAUAGUGAGCCUCCCAAAUCGCUAUCGUUGGCCGAUCUGUCUAGUAAUUACUAGCCCCACAGACAUAGUCGUAUUUUCCCAUUCAUUACUUUUCAAUAUUAUAAUAGUCUGGGCUCUUCAUAUCUUAUGAUAAAACUCAUUUAUAAUCAGUAACACCUACAAUAUUUUUAUAUCAGUUUCGUUGAUAAGCGUUCACGAUGAAGUCAUGUUCUAGAUUGUUCUAUAUUAAACGAGUUAUUCCUAAGAUCUAUAGCAUGUUUGCUUGAAUGAAAUUACAUAAAAAAACGUUCACACCAUAAAUUAAGUAUCGAAAAGUUUUUCUCAUAGGUGUAUUUCGUAUAACUGAACUGCUUAUAUUGAAAUGACCAUGACAUACCAAAGCUAGUACGUAAUCUUACAAUUUUAAUAAGAUUCCGUCAUUAUAAUUGUAUUACCUGUAAAUUAGUUCAUACCGCAAGAUAAUGAGAAGAUAAACAAUAUAGUACCUACGAAUAUGCAAUUCGUAGAACGAGCGAUAAUAGCUAUCAACAUAUCAGCGCUCUGAUACAGUAAGGACUCUUAUCACGGUGAGUUCAGUGGUUACACGUCCGCACACCUGUUAACAUCUGACAUGGCCGAGUAUCGCGCAGGAAAAGCUGGCAUCAACGCCGAAGCCCAGGCCAGGAUCCACAGUAAAUACAACGAUGAAAUCGCCCAAGAAACCCUCGAGUGGAUCAGGAAAUUGACCGGCGAACCGGCCAACACCUCCGGUGACGCCGACAACCUGUACGAAGUCUUAAAAGACGGCACCCUCCUCUGCAAACUAGUCAACGAGCUUCAACCAGGUUCCGUUAAGAAGAUCAACCAAACGACCAUGGCCUUCAAGUGUAUGGAGAACAUAAACGCUUUCCUAGAGGCAGUCAAGAAGCUAGGCGUGCCCGCUCAGGAGACCUUCCAGACCAUUGAUCUUUGGGAGAGGCAGAACCUUUACUCGGUGGUCGUUUGUCUACAGUCCCUCGGUAGGAAGGCAGGUAACUUCGGCAAGCCGUCCAUCGGGCCCAAGGAGGCGGACAAGAAUGUGCGCGACUUCUCCGAGGAGCAGCUGAAAGCCGGUCAGAACGUGAUAUCGCUACAGUACGGCACUAACAAGGGCCAGCAGUCGGGCAUAUCCUUCGGCAACAGGCGUCAAAUGUGAUUUUUAUUACCCUAUUUAUAAAAUAGAAACUAUUAAAUAUGUUUUUUUUGUACUUUUUCAUAUGUGUGUUAUUUAUGAAAGGCGAGCUUCGUCUCCCAGCCAGCGUCACGUAUGAUUAGAUAACGCAAUGUACUGCAUCGUCGUUGCACUCAAGCGUUAUAUACAUAGGUUGCUCUAAGCGAACCAGUGGCCUUCUAGUUGUUUUCUUUGUAAUUAUUAGAUACUAUUUCUUAUCCGAUUGUGUCUUAGAGUACUGACUAAUUAAAAUGUUUUCUUUUGGAUUUUUUUAUUGCUUUUUCCUUCUAUUUCUGUUUGAUUGUGACUGAAUGUUUGCAACGAAAAUUUUGUACCAGUAGAUAUUAUCUUAGUAAAACUUUUUUGUUACCCAA